AUGUCUAAGUCAUAUCCAUCUUCUCAUUACAGUCGAGGUGGUGAUGGAGUUGAGGUCGAUGAAGACCAACUCUUCGAUACAGAGCAGUUCUUUGUCGGCUCUUCAAGCACCGAUAGUUGCUCUUCACGUGCACUUCAUCCUCUCGAGUCGAAUCUCAUGCUACGCUUACCCAGUCAUACAUCAUCUUCUGUCCAAAGUCAAUCUGGCAGCACUCAGCCCUCUGAAAAUGGCUUGGAUGCAUCUCUGUCUGGCGCCCCAGCUGCACAUUCCGCAUGCCAAAACCCCGAUCGUUUUCGCUCAGAGUCAACACCCUUCAUAGAAGAUUACAUCGCACUUGGGUCUAUUCGCCUUGUCCGAAACGCAGAAAAUGCACUUAAUGAUGGUUGGCGAAUGGUUGGAUCUGCUGGAGAAGCUACUUACCCUCAUGCUCUACUGACAUUGGGCAAGAAGCGGCUAUGGAUCAAAACGUCUCUGCUCCAGCACGUCAGACAACCUGAUUGUGCCUCGUUAAGAAUAUAUGCACUACCAGAAGAUGUCAACCGGAGCACUCGAGGCUCGAUCAAGGAUCUUAGGAAGGUUCUGACUUUCCUCAUCGACUUCGUUGACAUUUCUCGUGAAGCCUGGAAUGGCAACUACGACCCGACGUCGCCUUUGCAAUCUUACAAGCAACCAGACGACUUUCAGGAGGAAUCUCUUUUUUACAUCUUUAAUACUUUAUCCUCGCCCCAAACCUCCCUUGACGAUGCAGGAUCUUGUCUACACAAUCAAAGGUCAAUACAUGGUAUUGCUGCAAACAACAUUGACGGUCUGCAAACUUCAUUAUACCCCUAUCAAAUGCGGUCCGUGGCCGCCAUGCUGCAAAGGGAAGUAAAUCCUUCUAAGUCUCUCGAUCCACGAAAGCAGAGUUUCAGAGAUCUCAAUGGCACAAAGUUCUAUCUCGAUGUCAAUGGAAGCGUCCUUCUCCGUCACCCUCAUCUCUACAGUGAAUGUCGUGGUGGUAUCCUCGCAGAAACCAUGGGCUACGGCAAGACCUUGAUAUGUAUUGCUCUGAUCCUAGCAACCAGAGGACAUUAUCCUGGGAUCCCAGAGGGCAGAGUCAAUGCCAUCACCAGGGAACUAAACGAACGAACACCAAGCUUGCUUGACUUAGCCGCCAAAAAAAUCAAACAGACCUGUGUGCCGUGGAAACCUCAUUUUUCAAAUCUCACAAAGACAGGAUAUCAUUUCGAUAGAUGCACAGAAGCUUUGGCGAGAUACGAUGGCGAGUACGCUGAGCCCAUCUUUCAUCCCACAACGCCGGACCGAAGAGGCAAGAAACGGGAAGAUUUUCGAGUCUUGCGCCUCGCAAGUACAACGCUGCUGAUUGUUCCGCCCAAUCUUCUCAUCCAAUGGCAACAUGAGAUAGACAAGCAUACGGAAGCCGAUGCCCUUGAUGUAUUGGUCUUGGACUCUACGACAAAAGACAUACCUCAUUGGAGGGAAUUGAUGAAGCACGACAUUGUUUUGAUCACUAAAGCUCGCUUUGAGCAAGAAUACAGGGACGAUGAUCUGAACCAAGGUAGACGGUUCAAGGGACAAGAGAAAUUCCGGUCCCAACUAACCGAACUUCGAUGGCUGCGCGUCAUUUGCGACGAGGGACAUGGCUUCGCAGGCUCGAGUUAUCGAACACAUGCAAUGGCGAUGUUGGACAAGAUGUCCAUUGAACGCCGUUGGGUUGUCUCUGGCACACCAUCUCACUCACUUCACGGUGUUGAGGUCAAUCUCGCGCUUGACGAAACGAACGAGGACACGGAGACUUUGCGUAAACACUCCAUCGAGACAGCCUUGGAACGGAGAAAAGCCAAGGACACUGCGACCGAAGAGCUCAAAGAUAUGGAACGGCUACGCGCCAUCGUUGUCAGAUUUCUCAAAGUGCAACCCUGGGCGAACCAGAAAGGCGCUGACUAUGCCGACUGGAAAAGAUAUCUCUCUCCUUUCGAUGCCUCUGGCAGGCGUCGUUUCGCACCAGCCUUACGAGCGAUACUGCAGUCACUCAUCAUCCGCCAUCGAAUUGAGGAUAUAGAUGUCGAUCUCUGCCUUCCUCCCUUACACAACAAGACAGUCUAUCUGGAGCCCAGUUACUACGAUAAGCUCAGCAUGAACCUUUUCAGGCUAGUUCUUACCUCCAAUGCAGUGACUUCAGAAAGGAGGGACGAGGAUUACAUGUUUCAUCCCAGAAACCGCAAAUCCCUCGAUGAACUGAUCGUCAAUCUCCGCCGAUCCAGCUUUCACUGGGUCGGAUUUACUGAGCAUGAGGUGACCGAAACCUUGAAAGUCAGUAACAAAUACCUGGACGAACACCUUGACCUGAUAUCUGACGAAGACGGAGCGCUUUUAAGCGAGGCAAUCUUGAACGGUGAACGAGCCUUGAGUGACUCUGGUUGGUGUGCUUUCUCGUUCUACCACGAAAUGGGCGUCUAUAUCGAAGACUUUCCGGACGAGGCUGCGAAAGUCUGGGCGUUAGACGGCGAGCAUUCAAACCCUCUCCUCCUCGGAACAGUUCAAGCUCGAGAGGUCCAACAACAUGUGCUGAGCAAUCUACAGCUCGGGUAUACCUGGAUGGGACUCAUUGGGGCAGGACUUCGAGCCAUGCACGCAGCUCGUGAAAGAGCCACGGAAGACCAAAAAGCCAGAGAUAAAGUUCGCUCGAGCUCGAACGGAAAGAAGCCUCCAACAGCGGGGACGACAGAGGAACCCAAGGUCAAAAAUCAAUCAGCCACCCCAUCUCCUAUCCGCUCUUCGACAAAGGAUGUUGCUCCUGAACUUUUCCGUUCCGCAAGAAAGCGACUUUUCUCGACAAACAACGCAGUUCUCCCAAAGCCCUUAGCCCAAUCGCGCAUCGUGGGCUUUACAUCUGCGAAGCUCAACUACCUCUGCUCACGUAUCCUGACACUACAGUCAACGGAGAAGAUUAUCAUCUUCUACGACUCGAACAACAUCGCGUUCUGGAUUGCUGAGGCUUUGGAGCUGUUGUCCGUCAAGUUCCUCAUAUACGCAAACACACUCUCGGUGACACGUCGCGCAGCAUACCUCGCCACUUUCAACCACUCCGAAGUAUUCCGUGUUCUCCUCAUGGAUCUCAAACAAGCCUCUCUCGGCCUCCACGUGGCUGCCGCCAGCCGUAUCUUCAUUGUGUCCCCCAUUUGGCAUCCCGACGUCGAGUCGCAAGCCAUCAAGCGUGCGCAUCGAAUCGGCCAAACACGGCCUGUCUAUGUCGAGACACUUGUUCUGAAAGGCACUUUGGAGGAGAAAAUCCUCAAGCGACGCCGACAAAUGAGUAAUGCUGAGCUGGUCAAGGCGGAGAAAUCUCUCCUGGACGAUGGAAUGAUGAACGGCAUUAUCCGAGGCGAAGGCUUUUUGAAGAUUGCAGACGAUGAGAAGGCCCAGAUGAGAGGAGGGAGGCUCGACAAGCCUGUCCCACUGUUUGCGAGAUAUGACGGCGGCCCAGCCAGCAUGCACGAUACAGAGGACAGUGACCUGAUCCUGGGUCUGGAGGACGAGCGUCCACGGAAGAAGAAAAAGCUUGAUAGGGGCAAAGGAAAGACUAAAGAAAAUGGCAAGAUGGUGGUGCUGGCGGCUUCAGGGCCGAAUACGGUGGUCCCCUCGUCGUCAUUCGAGACUGCGCCAGGCCUUUCACUGCCGGCAUUAGAAGAAGGUCCUCAUACCUCGAUAUUUGGCACUGGGCCGCAGCAGCAGCAGCACAGAGAAAAGCCAAAGAAGAGCGUACGCAUCAUGGUGGAAAUACAGCCACCAUCUGCUUCUGGUGACGACGGCGACUUCGCUGCACCUUGA